UCGUCUCAAGCAACAGCCUCCCUGACGGAGGUCACAGGGCUUCAGGGGCAGGAAGUGCUUCACGCUCUUGGAAGGAUCAUGGCCUGUAAAAUGCUUCAAGCGGCCCUGUGUUCAACAUUGCUUAUAGGAGUACUGGGAGCACCAUUUUUACUGGAGGACCCAGCAAACCAGUUCCUACGUCUCAAAAGACACAUAUAUUUGCAGGAUUACUGGAAGCCAGAUCACAGUCCGAAUACGUGGGGAAACACGCUGGUUGACCAGGCUCAUGAAACAUGGACUGCUUUGAAAACGACAGCACAGUAUUAUCUGAAUCUGAGUACUUUCACCCUUGACAUGUCUACUGCCCAGUAAAUGUACCUCGCUGGUUAAGCCAGGAUAACAAGAAUAGUGGGACCCAAAAAGUGGCGAUGGACCCCAACCACCAGCUUUGGCAAAUCCACACCUCUUACUAUAUUAUUUAUGUCUGCCUCAUGGAGUUGUUGAAAGGAGUAAAUAUGGAAAUCCACACUGAUCCCUCGAAUUAGAAGUUCUCAAUAAAUGGUAGCUCUUGAAAUGA